GCAGAGACACACGCGAUUGGCCGCGGCGCAGCCAGUGAGCGGGCCUGUUGCUGCCCUGCGCCACGCUGAAGGGUAGGGGAAGCGUCUUGGGCCUGGAGACCCUGAGUAUUCCGUCGGUUUUACCACAAUGAGCUCCAUCGGCACCGGGUAUGACCUGUCUGCCUCUACAUUCUCUCCUGAUGGAAGAGUUUUUCAAGUUGAAUAUGCCAUGAAGGCUGUGGAAAAUAGUAGUACAGCUAUUGGAAUCAGAUGUAAAGAUGGUGUUGUCUUUGGGGUAGAAAAAUUAGUCCUUUCUAAACUUUAUGAAGAAGGUUCCAACAAACGUCUUUUUAAUGUUGAUCGGCAUGUUGGAAUGGCAGUAGCAGGCUUGUUGGCAGAUGCUCGUUCUUUAGCAGACAUAGCAAGAGAAGAAGCUUCCAACUUUAGAUCUAACUUUGGCUAUAACAUUCCACUCAAACAUCUUGCAGACAGAGUGGCCAUGUAUGUCCAUGCAUACACACUCUACAGUGCUGUGAGACCUUUUGGCUGCAGUUUUAUGUUAGGGUCUUACAGUGUGAAUGAUGGUGCACAACUCUACAUGAUCGACCCAUCAGGUGUUUCAUACGGUUAUUGGGGCUGUGCUAUUGGCAAAGCCAGGCAAGCUGCAAAGACAGAAAUAGAAAAGCUUCAGAUGAAAGAAAUGACCUGCCGGGAUAUUGUUAAAGAAGUUGCAAAAAUAAUUUACAUAGUACAUGAUGAAGUUAAGGAUAAAGCUUUUGAACUAGAACUCAGCUGGGUUGGUGAAUUAACUAAAGGAAGACAUGAAAUUGUUCCAAAAGAUAUAAGGGAAGAAGCAGAGAAAUACGCUAAGGAGUCUUUGAAGGAAGAAGAUGAAUCAGAUGAUGAUAAUAUGUAACCUUUCCUCCAUUAUCUGUUCUAUUUUAAAUUUCUACUGCAGUCCCAUGUAACUAUUCAGCCCUGUGGAUCAUACAUAGUUACUGCCAAUUUUCAUUAAAUUUUUGUCUUGUUAACUAU